AUGAUCGUGGUACAAAACCCAGUCUCUAUCCCGUCCGCCAAAGUGGAUAUCUCACUGCUGCUGAAGCCGCAAGAUGAGGAAGGCCCGGCGGCGCCGAGAGCUUCGGCGACAUCGUCCAGGACGAUCUUAACACCGGUGGCGCCAUCAGCAGCUGUUGCGACAGGAACAAGCACCGCUUCCACAUUUGCGACUUCAGCACGUCCUGCCAGUGCCGGUGUUCCUUCGUCGGUGCCAGCAAAGCGCCUUCAGUCUGCGCACCCUGCGGAAUCACCUGCGAAAAAGCAGUCGAAGUGGUCUCCUGAAGAAGAUGCCUUGAUCAUUGAGCUGCGCGGUAGCGGAAUGAAAUGGGAGGAUAUCAGCAAGAGAUUGCCCGGUCGAAGCGCGAUCAGUUGUCGCCUCCAUUACCAGAACUAUCUUGAGCGCCGGAGCGAGUGGGACGAGGACAGGAAGAACAAGCUAGCCAGGCUAUACGAAAGGUUCAAAGCGGAGAUGUGGGCCAAAGUCGCUGAAGAAAUGGCCAUUCCAUGGAGAGCGGCAGAAGCAAUGCACUGGCAGUUAGGGGAACAAGAAAUGGCUCGCAGAGCCGGUGUUGUACCGUUUUCGCUAUCCAAUACUUCCAUUGAUCCUCCGACCACGAAACAUCGCCGGGGCAAUACCGUCAUGCCGCGACUGAGGAGUGGAUCUGCACCACGACCACCUCCUCCCCAGCUCCCUUCGGUUGAAGAGCUCACGGCUGGCGUCCCAGCAUAUGCACCGCUUCCACUACCUCCGAGAAACCCUUACCAAAUCCGAGGAUCGCCUCCAGAAUUUCGCACCAGCCUUUAUGGCCCUCAAGUGGGAGGUGGCUCAGGACCUCCGCCCCGUACGCAUCCAUAA